AUGAGUGACUCAUCAGCAAGCACAAUCGUUAACGACGUCUCGCCUGUCACGAGCAAGACGUCCAAGCCCGCAGCGGCCUACACACUAAAGACGCGGCCAUGGCGACCCUACGUCACCCCUUUUGAGUCUUUGCUCGCCUCAAAGUACCCCGGAAAGGGAACCGAGGAAUCGCCCUAUAUUGUCGACUGGAUCAACGAUGAUCCAGAGGAUCCGCAACGAUGGCCAGGCGGAUGGAAAUGGUUUACUAUCUUGAUGGUCAGUAUGACCACACUGGCAGUCGCGCUGGCAUCAUCCGCCUACAGUGGUGGCAUCAAAAGUCUGGUGGAGGAAUUCGGAGCGAGCACGGAGCUGUUGACAGCGGGUAUAUCGCUGUUUGUCGUUGGCUUUGCGUUCGGGCCUCUCUUCUGGGCACCCCUCAGCGAGGUCUAUGGUCGCCGAAACAUCUUCAUCGUCUCCUACUUCUUCCUUACCAUUUGGCUCAUGGCUGUCGCGCUCUCCAACUCGGUCGCCCAGAUCCUGGUCUUCCGAUUCCUCGCCGGCUUCUUUGGCUCGUCACCGCUGUCCAACGCUGGAGGUGUCAUUUCGGAUGUCCUAGAUGCCAACCAACGUGGUCUGGGUAUGGCCUUGUUCGCGGCUGCUCCAUUUUUGGGUCCCGCUCUCGGUCCCAUCACUGGCGGCUUCAUCGGCCUCACGUCCGGCUGGCGUUGGGUCAGCGGUUUCCUUGCCAUCUUCUCUGGCGUCAUCUUCUUUGCCCUUAUCAUCGGAUGCUCCGAGACCUACGCGCCCACCCUCCUUCGUCGGCGAGCCGCUAUGAUGUCCGAGGCCACCGGCAAGGUCUACCGCUUCCGUGCCGACGCCAAGCAGCCCCUCCAGAUUAAGGUGCUAUUCAAGACAUCUCUCAUUCGCCCUUGGAAGUUCCUCAUCUUUGAGCCGAUCGUCACUAUCCUCACUAUCUACACCGCGGUCAUCUACGGUAUCCUCUAUCUCAACUUCGCUGCGUACCCUAUCGUCUUCCAGCAGAUCAGGGGGUGGAACACUGGUGUUGGGGGCCUGGCGUUCUUGGGUAUUCUCGUGGGGACUGUGCUCUCCAUCAUCAUCUCAGUCGUGUACAUCCAGCCACAAUACCUCAAGGCCGCCAAGAAGAGGGGCGGUAUGGCUACUCCCGAAGACCGUCUCCCGCCUGCGAUCUGGGGCGGUGUGCUCAUCGUCAUCGGUCUCGCUGGUUUCGCUGCUACCAACGGUCCCGAAGUCCACUGGAUCGCUCCGAUCAUCUUUGGUGUUCCGUUCGGUCUCGGUACGAUCGUCAUGUUCUUGUCCGUCAUGGGCUACCUCGUGGACUCGUACACCAUCUAUGCGGCUUCUGUGCUCGCUGCCAACUCGGUUCUCCGAUCCCUCUUCGGGGCCGCCUUCCCCCUCUUCACUUCUUACAUGUACCAACGCCUCGGUAUCCACUGGGCGGCUGCUCUUCCCGGUUUCAUCGCUCUCGCUUGCAUCCCCUUCACCGUCAUCUUCUACAAGUACGGUGCUCGUAUCCGCGCCAAGUGCAAGUACGCUGCGGACGCCGAGCGCCAGAUGGCCAUGAUUAUGGCAUCGCGCAAGAAGCAGGCCGAGGGCGCGGACCCGGAGAAGAAUGUCGGAUCGGAGCAGGAGGGAGACGGUGCUACGGGCGGAGAAGAGACCAGGCGGACACGGACCAACUCGCAACCCCCCGCCAACUCUCGCGUCCGGUCAUCCUCCCGCGCAACGUCUCGCGCAGACCGGGACGACAUGGCCUCACUCCACCGUUCCUGCUCGCACAAUGCUGUCCCCAUGGACCCCAUGCACCGUCACAACCAUGAAUGGACCAUGUACGAGGCGCUGGCGGAUAGGGACGAGGUGGAUUUGGAUGAUGAAGAGCGGAUUCACCUGGCUGAACUGCACGAGCGGUUCGACUAUGCCAAGGCGAAGAAGGCUAAGCCGGUGGUCGGGAAGUCGGGCGGUGGACCCUCAUCCCCCGUCAAUAGGUUCAAGCCGGCUCUACCAGCGGCGGAGGAGCACGAGCAUGAGCAUGAGCAUGCGGAGGGGGCUGUGCCGGAUCUGGGGCUGGGCAAGCCAAUCUAG